UAAUCUCUUUAAUCACGUCCAAAAUCCAAACUCACGGCUCAAAUUCAUUAAUCUCAAACUUCAUUAAUGGAACCUCCUCCAUUGAAUUCACAACUUCAAUCUCAAUUCAAGCUCCUCAUCAUCCUCCUCCGUUGAAUUCACAGCACCAAAGCAGGUUUGUAAUGGCUGUGGUUUCAAUAUGUCCAAGAAUAUCUAGAGUUUAUCUGGGUUCAAAUUCAGUUGUUUCAAGUGAGAAAAGAAGGUUCUUGGUUUCUAGCAGAGGAUUGAAUGUGUUGCAUGUGAAAUUGAAUUAUAAGUUUUAUCUUAAUGCUAAGAAAAUGGAAAGAUUUGAUGGUGUUGAUGGUGUUGGAAUUGAGAAAGAAUCAGGGAGUAAUGAGGAACAACUUCGUGUUCUUGAUUCUUAUUUCGGUAAACUUCAGGGAAACACGGCGAAGAAUCAGGCAAGUGUGUGUAAGGGAGAAGUGCAGGAUAUUAAAGUAAUGGUUGAGAAUGGUGAGAAGAAGAAGAAGAUGGUAACUGGAUUAGGUUCAUUGGAGAACUAUUUCGGAAAACUGAAGUUCGGAAAGACUGUGGAAAGAAAUAAAACUUCACUUGGUAUUGGCAAAGAAACAUCGGAUAGAAAUUCAGUGAAAUUGAUGAAUUCGGCAGCAGAAGCGAAAAUGAAAAUGGAAGCACAGAAUUAUAUUGGUUUAGAGACUAAAGACAGUGAUGAGAAUUUCCAAGAAUUACCGGCAUAUGAUGAAGCUUCUGACUUUUGGUUAAUAAGCAUACUAGCUGCUAUAAACAUUGGAGUGUUCUUGUUUGAGAUUGCAAGUCCAAUUAGAGAUUCAGAUAUCGAGCACCUCUCACUCCCUUUAAUUUACGGCGCGAAGAUAAACAAGCUAAUCCUUGACGGAGAAUGGUGGAGAUUAUUUACACCAAUGUUUCUGCAUUCCGGGUUCCUGCAUGUCUGUCUUGGUUGUUGGGUGCUUCUCUCAUUUGCGCCCCAAGUAUGCAGAGGUUACGGCCUGCUCACUUUCUUUCUGAUAUAUGUUCUUGGAGGUGUUUGUGGGAAUUUGACGAGCUUUAUUCAUACUCCUGAACUAACCGUUUGCGGGACGGGUCCUACUUUCGCUAUAAUCGGAGCUUGGUUUGUUUAUCAAAUCCAAAAUAAGGCGGUCAUCCCGGAGAGUGUCACCGAGAGCAUGCUUGGGAAGGCAGUGAUCGCGACAACCCUUAGCUUUGUGCUGAGCAACUUCGAGCGGAUCGAUGACUGGACUCAUCUCGGGGCUAUGUUUUCCGGGAUCAUAUUCGGGUUCCUGACAUGCCCGUCUUUGCAACUCGACAAUGUAUCGCCGAAAACUACACAGAAAGAAGGCAUUGCACUUGUACAAAGACAGGCUGAUCCAUGCAAAUCCCUGCUCACUUUCACUCUAUGCUUGCUGCUUCUAUCACUUAUAGUUCUCAAUUUUGAGCCUCAGAAUGAAAUGUUGGAACUGGAUGGCUUUAUAAAUUGAAUAUAUAUAUCUAUUCAAGUGCUUU